GUAUUGUUUUCAAUUUCUUUCCAGGAAGAAAUUUGUAGGUCAUCAGUGCUGUUGUAAAAUUGAGGUUCUGUGGUAUUCAUUGCGAAUUGUGUGAGCUGAAAGGCUAAAAAACUGUGUAUUUUGAUAGAAAGGAUCUGAUACGUAUAAAAUUAUUCAUUGUCUUUGUUUCCAUUAAUAGUUAUUGAAGAGACAAAAAAUUUUGACAGCUGAUAAAUUGCAAAUGGCGGUUGUUUAUUUCCGCUAUACAGAAAUGAGAAAUUUGUUGUUAAAAAAUUCACCCACUGUCGCUUCACAUGGUAAAUCAUCGUACAGACUUUUGUUUAAUCACCCUAAAAGUAUUUUAAGAAACUGUUCGCCGCAUUUUUCAUGUAUUUAUUGAAAGAAUCAUAGCCAAUUUACGGUUAUAAUCGCUGUCAAAAUUCGGUUGAACGAACGCCUGUCAAAUCGAAGCCACAACAAACAAAGCCGACCAGUCGUGAUAAUUAGUGUUUACACAAGUGAUUAGACAAUCGACCAAAACACAAAUAGGCCUUUGAAAGAAGUAUAUUUAAAAAGCCGAAUUCUGAAUUUAAUUAUUUGUCAGUAGUGACCGACAGAAAAGUUGCAAAGUUUUAAAAAAAAAGAGGAAAAAUUGGAAAAUACUGUUGAUUAGAAUUUGCAGAUAAAUAUAAAGUCAAAAAGAAGGAGUUAAAGAGACCUUUAGCAGACGUAUACAAACUCAAGAUGAAGUUGUUAGAAAAUUCUAAAUUUGAGGCCGUGAAUUCCUCUCUGUGCAUGGAGAUGGAGAACUGCAGAAUUGAUGGAAGAAUUGAGAGUUAUUCAUGCAAAAUGGCUGGAAAUGACAAAAGAUUGUUUAAGUUGCUAAGUAACGAAAACAGUCAGAAUUCUGGAGGCUUACAAGCUCUUUCACCACCACAAAGUACAGUUUCUCACAGUCCAUUAAAUUUACGGGGGUAUAGUAAGAGUUAUGAUGGUUCGAGUGAAGGAUAUUUAUGUGAUACAAUAUCAACGAAAACACUGUUCUAUCUUAUAUCUACACUUAAUGCUUCCUUUCAACCUGAUUACGAUUUCAGUCAUGCAAAAAGUGACGAAUUCAGCCGAGAGCCAAGUCUUCAGUGGGUGACUAAUGCAGUUGAUACCCAGUUGUUUGCCACUGCAGGAGAUGUCUUCGGGGCCUUUAAGCAACAAUUCUGGACAGCUUUAGAUGAAGAAAUUUGUCUUUCAGAAUGUGAUAUUUAUAGUUACAAUCCUGAUUUGAACUCUGACCCCUAUGGUGAAGAAGGUUGUAUUUGGUCGUUUAAUUAUUUCUUCUAUAACCGAAAACUCAAGAGAAUCGUCUUCUUUACGUGUAGAGCAGCAUCAGUAUCAUUUGUUGAUUCUGGUAUUGGAACAGAUAUGAGUAUGGAUAUGGAUGAAGACAGUCUACAUAUGGAUCUGUAAUCUGAUGUAAACAUCCCAACUUCGUUAGCAUCAUCUACCUGUUUAUAGUAACCGUAGUUACCAGACAAAUGAUCAACCUGUAUAUAAAUACACCUGUUCUUCUAUUCAUAUGCUUCAGCUUUUAGACAAAACAUAUAGAUUGACUUAACACAGCCUCGUCAUCAAAAAAAAUCAUUUGAUUAAGGAUCUGAUAUCAACUUUGUUCCAAGUAGAACUGGCCUUAGGACUGCUUUAAUUAGGGCUGGUCCUAUAAUAUCAAGGAUCUGACAUGAAGUUGUCAUAGUAAAUUGGCCUAAUAAGGGCUUAUCAAGAAACGGAUAUUAUCGAGUGUCAAGUUUGCUCCAAACAUUCAUGCAGAAGUAAUCCAUUUUAGUAGACCGCAUUUUUGGGGUCAAAUAUGGGUUGUUAAAUCUGGUAUUAUCAAGUUUUCUCCGAAGCAUCCAUAACUCCUACACAAUCCGGUUUAGAUUGCGUCUAUUGUGACUUAGACAGCAACAAAAUAUGCUGUGAAGGACUGACAUAUAACCAAAUGAUAUUUUCUGUCCAAAUCAAAAAGAAAUCUGUCCAGUUUCAUCGUCAUGGAGAUGAAUAAUUCUGUAAUUAACUACAAAUAUUACUAAGGUGUUAUAUGUUCAAUAGAACUCAAGUGACGUCAAAGACUGUAGUUGUUCGCUUGAUACAUCCCAUUAUAUUGUUACGAUGUUCAAUGGAGGUCAAGUUGAGACCGUGGUUGUUGCUAUGAUACUUCCCAAUGAUGAUCAAUGGAGGUCAAGUGGAGAUCGUGGUUGUUGCUAUAUUUCCCAAUGAUGAUCAAUGGAGGUCAAGUGGAGACCGUGAUUUGUUGCUAUGAUACAGACGCAUGGUUUAUAUACGCGCUUGUUAUGAAUAAGGUUAAUAUUUUCUGAACAAUGUUGUUAGAAUGUUCGAUGGAACUCGGGUGGAGAUCGUGGACGUAGCUAGCAUACCGAUACAUGGUAUGCAUACCGUAAACAUUUUGUGAACAUUGUUUAAUUUGUCAAGUCAUGAAACAAAUGGAGCUGAACCCCAGAUGCACUGACGGUCCAUGAUGAGGAUACAUGUAUGUAUAUGAGCGAAUGCUAGAUCAGAGACGUUCUAGCAUAUAUGUGGGGUUGUGGGCCCAAGAUGUGAAUAACUCGCCAUAUUGUAGGGUUGUGUACUUGUUCUCUAGGGUCUCACAGGAAGUCACUGGCAUCAAAGGGCCUGAGAUAUUGUAGCUUGCCAUAUGCUAGUUCUCGGGGGGGGGGGGGGGUGGAGGUGUGUCAAAGCAAGUCACUGAAAUCAAAGGGCCAGAGAUGGGAAUAGCUCUCCAUAUUGUAGCUUGUCAUAUGCUAGUUCUUGGGGGGGGGGGGGGGUCACAGCAAGUCACUGGAAUCAAAGGGCCCGAGAUGGGAAUAGCUCCCCAUAUUGUAGCUUGUCAUAUGCUUGUUCUCUUGGGGGCCACGGCAAGUCACUGGAAUCAAAGGGUCCCGAGAUGGGAGUAGCUCUUCAUAAUGUAGGGUUGUAUUCUAGUUCUUGGUGCACCUCAGCUAAUCACUGGACCCUAAGGGUUAUUAAGGAGCAGUAGUUUUGGUCGGUCCAAGAGCUGAAGGGUCAACUUCCUCAAUCUCAUCGAUAUAAUAUAGAAUUAGCCCAGAAAUUUUAAACAAAUAAGAUUAUCUCUACAGUACAACUUCAGUCCCAUUAACUGGCCUGCAUAAAACAAACCACACCAUGUUGUCCCUUGUUUUUUUUAAAAAAAAAAAAAAAAAUGUAUUCCUUUAUAUAUCAUUCAGUAUUAUUCCAUAUUGUAUUUCUGUUUGAUUAUUUUAUUCUUAUUUUUUUUUCUAAUCACCGUAUAUCAUGUUUAUAUUCAGAGCAGACAUCAAAUUAUUUUACAUUUUAUCAUGAUAUCAUUCACAUAUAGAUUCCCAUACUCAUGCAUAUCGAUUUAAUACAAUUGUGAAUUUUUCAGAUUAAUUAUCAAUUUGAUUAAAAUACAGAUCUAUAUUUCGUUUGGUUUUUUUUUUUAUACUUUCGAUGGCCUACACUACAUGAACAUCUGACCAGUUGUACUGGGAGGUUGUGUCACGGGUUCGCACGCGCGGUUUUUAACCCUAUGACGUCAGACAUUGAUUAAACAAUCAGCGUUGAUGUUUCUAAGGGUUUAACCACAGUUCCGUGCAGAGCACGCCAGGAACUCGCUAUAACAGACCUUUCAUUCGCUGUUAUAUAACAACUCUUCCAGAUCCUAGUAUAAUCAAGACAACCAAAAACGAAAUUUUGAACUAUAAAGAACGAAACGAAAUAGGAUCAGUGUUUUAAUCAGAUUGAAUAAUUAUUUGAGUAUUUUCUCCCAGAGAUAUCAUUGUUAAUCUGGAUUGUUUGUUUUAAGUGAUGUUAAAAAUGUAAAAUAUUUGCUAGAAAUUGGCAUGGACAUAAAAGAAGCCUUGACACUUGGAAUUAGAUAUAAUAAUAAGAGUAGGCCAUAGUGCCGCUGCCUGGGCAAAAUAUCCCCGAUAGCACACUGUAAGGCGUAUGCCCUUCUUCAUUAGCCCAGUCGGUGCAGAACAGUUUGACGUUAAACCGAUUUGAUUUCAGUUCCGUUGGCUAGGAAAGUCAUCAGUAUACAUGUAUUAUUAAAUAUAAUUAGUAAUAUAAAUAAAAUCAAACAUGGUCAUAAAUAGUGCUGAAUUGUAAGUAUUUGUAUUAAAGAAUAUACAGUGUAUAUAUCAUCCUAGGUAUCCCCAGUGGUCUGAUUCCGUUCUACUCCACUAUACCCUGGGAUAAUCCAUAGGCUUUUCACAAUUUCAAAUUAUCUGCUUUGGCCUUGAUCGUAGCUUAAGUCUGCAAUCCAAUCAAAAAACAGUUUACAGACCAAUCCUACUAAGACUCUUUAGCCUCUUUGUUUCUGUUCACAACAAUAUGGCGACUUCUUGCAUCACGAUGAGAGUUACUUCCCUUUGCCAGAGUAGGGUCGCCUGUCCAACCUCGUGGGAUUUCUCUGGGUGCUCCGGUUUCCUCCCACUGCUAAAGACCCCUACGCGCAAGCGAAUUAAUGAAAUAAAAUUAAACUAUUUGUUGGUCCCGAAAUGACCUAGUUUGUGUCGCAUGGACGUUAAACCCCAUUUCUCUCUCUCUCUCUCCCUUUGCCAACUUCCUUUGCAAUUAACGAUUUAUAGGAUUGGUUGAUUAAAAUAGCACAAUCAUCAAGGGCAGAUAACUUGGAAUGUGUGUCCCCCACCCCUACCCCAUAGGUUAGUGGAGAGGAAAGGAAUGAGACCACUGUAGAUACCGAGGAUGUGUGUAUUAAUUGGUACAUUUAGAGAUUGAUGACAGUCGCAGGACUUCAAUGCUUGCGUUCAAACAAAUAACCUGGGUAUAGAUCUCCACCCAUCUACCUGUCCACGAUGAUGGAGUAAGAAAACGUUGAAAUAUUUCCAUUAAUGAUUCAGCAUUCAUCACAUGUCAAUCCACCCACCCACCCAGUUCCACAGGUUUUGCGUUUGUACCCAACUGUUGGAAUUUUGGGAUGGCACUUUACAUAGAAAUAAUGUCAUUUAUCAUUUUCCUUUUGUUAAGACAUCAUCUUUCCAUAUUUUAUUAUAAAUUUGAUAUGUUAUUGUUUUAUUAUAUCAUUCAUCUGUGUAAAUAUUUUGUUAGUUUCACUACACAGAAACCAAAAUAAUCUUUUUUUUCUAGUUUAGAGCCUGAAAUUCAAAUUGCAUCUAAGAUGAGAAUUAUCCUAGGUCCAAAAUUCUAUCUUGAGUAAAUAUUAAGCACUUAUUAAGACUAUGGGAAGUUUUGAUAUUUUAGCACACAUGAAAAUAAUGUGUCAAGCCUUAAGCUUUUCUUAGUCAUGAUUUGGUCGAUAUAUUUUAAAACGGACAGUUAGAAAAUGAAAAUAAGUAAAGGCUGUAGUGUCGCUGUCUGGGCAAAAUUCCCCAUACAGUACACUGCAUGUCAUUAGCCUGGCUGAUGUGUGAAAUUACCGGGGAUUGAAUUUGGAACCGCAUAACAAACCAAUGGUUGAUACUAGAAAGCUAGAGUAAAAACAUUAUUUUGUGAUCAUGUGAUCAUUAUUUUGUGGUCAUGUGAUUAUUAUUUUGUGGUCAUGUGAUUAUUAUUAUUUUGUGGUCAUGUGAUUAUUAUUAUUUUGUGGUCAUGUGACUAUUGUACGAUUAUGUUGUAGCUUAUUAUGAAUAUUUACUUUUAUUAUUUCAUAAAUCUUUUAAAAUUUG